GUCCAGGCCUGUCCUGAUCAUCUCUAUCUGUACUAAAACUGCACAACACUGCAAUCACAGAAGAUUGUUAUCAUAAGUUCAUUACCUCUUUCAUUUCCUUCAUCAACCAUUCUCUUCCUCUCCUUUUUUUUCAUUUUAUUCUCUCAAUAUUCUUGUCUGGAACUCAUCACCAGAUCUUCAUUUUUUUUCAUGGCACAAAAUAAUGAACUCAUCCAUAUACCACAACAAAAUAGAAGAAACAGGCUUAGAGUCACUACCAUUGGAACCAACCCAGAAGAACAAACCUCACAAUCUUCACUUCUCCAACUAAACCAACCAGCAUUACUUUCUUCUUCUCGUCAACCUACUAUCAUGCACACUUUCCCACAAAUGCAAAACCCAAGAGAUAUUAACUACCAGUUCUUUAAUGGCCAGGGUUUAUCUUUGUCUCUAUCUUUUCAACACCAGGAUAACAUGAAUCUCCCAUUGAACUUGGAUGCACAAAAAGGCAAUGGUAAUUCAAUCUUGGGAGGUUUUGUGAAGCAGAAUGGCCAAAUGAGAAGUUCUCUUCCACUUGGUCCUUUCACUGGCUAUGCAUCUGUGUUGAACAGUUCAAGGUUUUUGAAACCUGCACAGCAGAUUUUAGAUGAUUUUGUUGGUGUGGAUUAUAGAGUUUUAGACUUUCCAUUGGAGAGCUUUGGUGAUGCUGGGGUUGGUGAGGAUCCCAUUUCAUGCAGUGGCAGAAUUCAGCAUCGUUGGAAAAACUCAAGGCUCAUUCUGAUACUGGAUGAGGUGUAUAGGAAAUAUAAGCUGUACUGCCAGCAAAUUCAAUCAGUUGUUGCAUCAUUCAAAUGUGUUUCCGGACUUGGGAAUGCAGCUCCUUAUGUAUGUUUUGCGUUUAAAGCCAUUGCAAAGCAUUUCAGCUGCUUGAAGAAUGCCAUUCUAGACCAAAUUCGGUUCACAGAAAAGACAAUUGAUAAUGUUCCAACAUCUAAUCAAGGGCUUAAUAACCAAAAUCCUAUCCAGAACUUGACGUUUCUUCAACAUCCUCUUUGGCGAUCUCAAAGAGGACUUCCAGAUCAUGCAGUUGCUGUGCUCAAGACAUGGCUGUUCGAACACUUCCUGCAUCCUUAUCCUACAGAUUCGGAAAAGCUAAUGUUAGCUCGACAAACAGGUCUCUCCAGGACUCAGGUUUCCAAUUGGUUUAUAAAUGCAAGGGUAAGACUGUGGAAGCCAAUGGUGGAAGAGAUACACAUGCUUGAAUUAAGGCAAGCUCGGACACUAUCAUCAGAAGCAACAACAAAUCAAGAUGCUAAACUGCCAUCUGAGCUCCUCCUAGACAAAUUGCCACAUUUCACUGCAAACACAGAAGUUCAGAAUAUCCAAACUAAACGCCCAAGAAAUAAUAUGUUGUACGCAGAUAAGGAAACUGAACUGCAGAAGAGUGUAUCUUACACUAACCAGCAGCCAAGCAAUCACCACCAACUCCAACUUGGUGGAACCAGCAAUUUCUGUUUAGAAUUGGGUCUCAACCAGAACAAUGGAAUUGACUUGACACAGUCAUUGCCAAUCAAUUUAUGUCACAAUCUCAACUUUGAAACUGACGGUGAUCAGCUGAGUUUGAAAGCUGGUUUUGAUGGUGGAAGACAGCACCAUGGAAAGAAUUUUUAAAGGCAGCCAUGAAUGGAGGAUUGGAGAAAAUGUUCUGUAAGGCAAAGCACAAAGUUUGUUUUUGUAUGUUAGUUCAUUUCUUCUAUCCUGCCUUGGAAACUUGGAACUUUUACAAUAUAAUUGGAAUUUGCUAAUCUUUCUUCUGCUAUUUUUUUUUAAGUUCUUCGUGAGAUUGAAUGUGCAAUCCUAUCUUGGUUCAUACCCACCAUAAA